AUGACCCCCGCCGCCCGGGCUCCGCUCCUCCUCCUGCUGCUGCUCUGCCGGCCGGUGCUGGGGGAGCCGAGCGCGGGCACUUGGGCUCGCUUCGCCCGGCUGCCCUACCCGCAGGACCAGCUCUUCCUUUACGACGCCUUCCCGGAGGGCUUCUUGUGGGGGGCGGGCACGGCGGCGUACCAGGUGGAAGGCGCCUGGCAGCAGGACGGCAAAGGGCCCUCGGUGUGGGACACCUGGGCGCACCGGGGCGCGGCGGCGGCGGGGGGCGACGUGGCCAGCGACAGCUACCACCGCCUCCAGCGCGACCUCGAGGGGCUCCGGCUCCUGGGCGUCUCCCACUACCGCUUCUCGCUGGCCUGGGCGCGCCUCCUCCCCAACGGCACGGCGCCCGCCAACCCGGCCGCCCUCCGCUACUACGGGCGCCUCCUGGAGGGCCUGAAGGCCCGCGGCGUCGAGCCCCUGGUCACGCUCUACCACUGGGACCUGCCCCAGGCCCUGCAGGACGCCCACGGCGGCUGGGAGAGCCCCGCGCUGGUCGAGCGCUUCCGCGACUACGCCGAGCUCUGCUUCAGGAGCUUCGGCCGCCACGUGCGCUACUGGCUCACCGUCGACAGCCCCUACCUCGUGGCCUGGCACGGCUACGCCACCGGCCGGCUGCCCCCCGGCGUCAAGGGCGGGCCCGAGGCGGGCUACAGGGCGGCGCACAACCUCCUCAAGGCUCAUGCCAAAGUCUGGCACCUUUACAACAACCAUUUCCGAGCGAUUCAAGGAGGUCAAGUGUCCAUUGCCUUAAGUUCUCACUGGAUAGAGCCUCAAAAGAUGACUAGAGAAGAUAUAAAGGAAUGUCAGAAAUCUUUGGACUUCGUAUUGGGCUGGUUUGCUAAGCCUCUAUUUAUUGAUGGAGACUACCCUCAGAGCAUGAAGGAUAAUCUGUCCUUGGUGCUGCCAGAAUUUACUGAAGCAGAGAAGAAGUUUGUUAGGGGAACAGCUGAUUUCUUUGCUCUUUCUUUUGGAGCUACACUGAGUUUCCAUCUUUAUAACAGACCCCAGAUCUUUAUUGUGGAGAACAGCUGGUUUAUUUCGGGACGCACCAAGAGGGAUGACAGCAAGUAUGUGUAUUAUCUCAAGAGAUUCAUUAUGGAAACUUUAAAAGCUAUUCGGUACGAUGAAGUCCCUGUCAUUGGGUACACGGUCUGGUCACUCAUGGAUGGCUUUGAAUGGGUCAGAGGCAACGUUCGAAGGGGUCUGUUUUAUAUUGACUUUCAAAGCCGUGAUAAAGAGUUGAUGCCAAAGUCUUCAGCACAUUUCUACCAAGAGGUGAUAGGGAAAAAUGGUUUCCUUCCAUUACCGGAGAACCAGCCGAUAGAAGGGAUUUUCCCCUGUAAUUUUGCUUGGGGAGUUAUUGAAAAUAACCUCCACAUUGAUACAACUCCAUCCCAGUUCCUUGAUUCCAGUGUUUAUAUUUGGGAUGUCUAUCGAACCAAUACGCUCAUUAAAGUUGAGGGAGUUGAUGCCCCAAAACGCAAGCGUCACUGUGCUGAUCUUGCAGCCAUCAGACUUCAGAUUUCUUUACUUGGAGAAACACACAUCACACACUUCUAUUUUUCCUUGAAAUGGUCUUUGAUUCUCCCUUCAGGUAACCUGUCUUAUGUUAACCACACACUCCUGUUUUAUUAUCAGUGUUUUGUCAGCGAACUACUUAAAGUUAAUAUAACCCCUGUAGUUGCUUUAUGGAAUCCUAUGGGUGAGAAUCAAGGACUUCCUGUUUCUCUAGCCAAGCAUGGUGGGUGGGAGAACCCUUUGACUGUGCGUGCCUUUGAGGAGUAUGCAAGACUUUGCUUUAAAAAGCUUGGCCAGCAUGUCAAAUUUUGGAUCACAAUAAAUGAGCCUUACACCAAGAACCUGACGUUCAUUGCAGCACAUAAUCUAUUGAAGGGUCAUGCUAAAGCCUGGCAUAUGUAUGAUAAAGAAUUCAGGAAGACUCAGAAGGGUAAAAUAUCAAUUGCCUUACAAGCUGAUUGGGCAGAGCCAGCCUGCCCCUUUUCUGAAGAAGACAAAAUGGCUGCCAGCCGAGUUUUGGAAUUUGACUUUGGCUGGUUCGCUGAGCCCAUCUUUGGAAACGGUGACUAUCCGGAUGUGAUGAGACAGUGGCCUUACCAAAGAAACAGUAGAGAUGUUUGGGACUUCUACUUACCCUAUUUCUCAGAGGAGGAAAAAAAGCUAAUACGUGGUUCGUUUGACUUUUUUGCUUUAAGUCACUACACCACAGUACUUGUGGACUCAGAAAACGAAGACCCAGAGAAAUACGAUCAAAAGCUCAAGGUCCAAAUGCUAAAUGACAUCACUUGGCUGGAAUCGCCCAGUGGAAGUAGAGUCGUGCCGUGGGGGUUGCGCAAGCUGCUCCAGUGGGUAAAAAUGAAAUAUGGUGAUGUACCAAUUUACAUCAUAGCCAAUGGGAUUGAUGACAAGCCAGAUGCGGCUGAAGACAAGCUGAGGAUCUAUUACAUACAGAGCUAUAUCAAUGAAGCUUUAAAAGCCUACACCUUGGAUAAUGUCAACAUCCAAGGCUAUUUUGUCUAUUGUUUCAUUGAUAGGACAGAUCCUAAAUAUGGCCUUUAUCAUUAUGUUGUCAACCGAUAUGAGCCAAGACCUUCUUUGAAGCGUUACAGGGAGAUAAUUGACAAGGGUGGCUUUCCAGGCCCAGAAACUGAGGAACUGCUCUGUCCAGAAGAAAUUGCCCUUGAUACAGACUACGUUGCUUUCCAACCCAGAAGAUCUUUUCUUGCAUUUAUUUCUUUUAUAUGUUUUGCUUUCAUUGUCACUGUAUUUAUGAUAAUUAAUUACUCCAAGAAGGUUGACAAAAGAUACAAAUAG